AUGGUUGUAAUCGCGCAUAUACUGUUUGCCCUGUUUUUCGUGUUUGAUGCGUUCAUGAAGGAAAGAAUACAAAUCUUCCACGAAGGAUCAUGUUCAGUGGGAAAAUGUAAAGGAGAGAGCGCUUGCAAGAAUUUCGCAAACCACACUUAUACGUGUGUGUGUACGCAUGAUUCAUUACCCCCUACUCAAAAUGGAAACUGUCCACGUCGAUUAGUUCACAAUUCUCAGAUUCAGAAUGGAAAAAUUCCAAAUGUACAACCACCGACCUUUACUAAACAACUACGAAUCAUAACGAGUGACAAUCACAAUAAAUCUGGUAAAAUGAAAAAUCACCAGGAAGGUCGAACGAAUGCAGUGACGGAACAAGUACCUUAUUUAGUUAAUUUUGUGUUACCAUCGGCAGUUCUAGUGGCAUGUGCAAUAUUAUUUAUGGCAGUGGUGUUUUACAUAAAACUGAAGUCCAAAAGAAGAAAUGAUUCAGCUGCCCCUAUGAAUCUAAAGGACGGUCUAUUAAUACCUGAACGAUACGCCCCCAAUCCGCAAUAUUCCGUCUGUUCUAGUACAGACGUGCCCGUUAUAAGAAAAGAGACGCUCAAGUUCCUGAAUGAAUUAGGGGAAGGUUGCUUCGGGAAAGUCUUUAAAGGAGAAUUGUUAAAGGAUGCAGAUACACGUGAUAUAGUAGCCAUUAAAGUACUCAAAGAUUCUGCUACCAAAGAAGCAGAAGAGGAUUUCUUUAGAGAAGUUGAAAUAAUGAGUGCAUUUCAACAUAGAAAUAUAUUAUCUUUUGUGGGUGUUGUACCUAGAGAAGGUAACGUAUGUCCCAUGAUGGUAUUCGAGUACAUGGAGCACGGCGAUCUGGCUGGGGUCCUGCGUAGUCAACAUCGAUGGUCCGCCGGAUCCGAUGACAGUCCGCCAACUGUACCUCAAUUAUCAACGGAAGAUCUUCUGGGAGUAUCGUUGCAAAUAGCCAAAGGCAUGGAAUAUUUGGCAUCGCAAAGGUUCGUGCACAGAGACUUGGCCUGCAGGAAUUGUCUGGUCGCCCAAGGACCCGUAGUUAAAAUCGCCGAUUUUGGCAUGAGCAGAGAUGUAUAUACAUGUGAUUAUUAUAAGAUUGGUGGAUCCAGACUCUUGCCAGUUAGGUGGAUGUCACCCGAAAGUGUUGUGUAUGGCAGGUUUACCCUUGAAUCGGACAUAUGGUCAUUCGGCAUUGUGUUAUGGGAGAUAUACAGCUAUGCUAAGCAACCAUAUUAUGGACACACCAACGAAGAGGUAGUUAAAUUAAUCCUAGAGGGGAUAAUGUUAAUACCCCCAGAAAGGUGUCCCCUACUUAUUUGCGAACUGAUGAAAAACUGCUGGAAAACUGAGCCUAAACACAGAAUUUCCUUUCCUCUUAUUAGAAGUAUCCUCGAAGACGCCUAUUUCAAUAGCAAGGGGAAGCAAGGGGAUGAUAGGGAAUACAGUUUACUUGAUAAAGAUGAACCAGACUCCCAAGAAAGUUCGGGAACUCUGAAGCUACGGAACGAAUGGAAGAAUGAAAUCUUCGAAAUGGCAUCGCUAGACGAGCUGUCAUUAAUUAAAAGAGCAUCGGAGAUGAAACUGAAAACGUUGCCUAGGCCACCUCCCUUGCCCAAGACCGUCUCCAAUGGCGACCUUGUAGAUGCCCAAGGGUACCUUCUCCCAAGUCAAGUCAAAGAUCCUGUGCAGUACCUUUGUACUUUGCCGGCCUGAUUAAAAGAGAAGUUGUGGAAGACGUCCACAAAUACUGAAUUUUGGUCAAGAAUUAAACAGGACGAUGCUGGCCAGAUUUUUAAAGAUGUCGAAAUCUUCAGAAAGGAGAAUAAUUAUACAAUAAGUACACAAAGUAUACAUAGUACAACGGUUUAGAAGUAAUAAGCAGUGUUAGUAUAUAGAAAUGCAGGUCGUCAUAUACAGGGUGUCCCAGAAAUUAGUGCAGAUAUUUUAAGAGGUGGUAGAUCUGAUCAAAAGAAACAUAUUUUCUCUUUAACAUUUUUAAAAUAAAUUGAAAAUAACCGAGUAAUUUAACUUUCAAAAUUUAAAAAAUAAUGGCAAUGUUUUGAGGACCAUCGGCAGAAUCGGUGCCCGGAUCUCAGAUAAUUUGACGCUCUGUGUUGCCGAAUAUAGUCAAGAAAGUAUAUGCUUAAAAAUAAAUAAAAAAAUCGUACCAGUUGAGGAGUUUAGCAGAGCUCCAUUACAUUUUUAAGAUGGUGUUAUUAUUACACAAAAUAAGUUAAAAGAAAAAAAAACUUACCCACAACAUUAAAAAAAGAUACUUAUGACAGUAACUGUGACAGUUCCCUUUUUCGAUGUUCGUAAACCUUAAAAGUAACGUUUUAUAUAGUUUAUAUUCGGUGGUUACCAGGUUUUCAUUGAAAUGGUAUGUACUAAAAAUAAUUAAUGUGUUUUUUAGAACUAUUAGAAAGAUUAAUAUUAACAUUCCUAUUUUUUUGUAUAGAAAUUUUAAAUUGCUGUGAAUUUAUAAAUACAGAAAUAUUUAGAAUAUGGAUAACGAGGAGGUCGCAACAGUGCAAGGUUUAGAUAAACCGUAGAGAAAUCUCAGGUGAAUAAACAAGUGGCACUAAAAAGUUUUUUAAAUUUCAAGAAAAUGUGAAGAAACAUUUAAAAUUUUUAACAAUUUUUUUUCGCAAAAAAAAAACUCAUAGGCGUGUUUCUGGGGUCGAAAUAUACUACCAGUUAAAAUAUCUUCACUUACUUCUGAGACUGUAUAUUAAUUUACGAUGCAAAAUAUAACUGCAAACUCAUAUAGAGAAGUAGUUCCGAUUUUACAAACUAAACACCAUGUUGUCUAUUUAAAAAUAUCUAUUCCAGAAGUCAGCGACAGUGCGUCAUUUAUCCAUCACCAGGAAAUUAUGAAUUAUUACCUACACAAAUUUCGCGCUACACUUCAAAGGGUACUACCGAGGGUACGACAAAGCUACGACAACUAAAACUAGAUCGGAUUUCUUUUGAUAUUAAAAAUUUAAAUAUUAAUAUAAUAAUUUAAAUAUUGCUAGGGUGUUUUAUAAUAUCAGUUUUUAUAAACACCCAAACGGCGAAAUUUUUCCAGUGAUAUGACUGAAAUCCUUUUAUGUAUGACGCGGUCAAUGGCCAAUAUAAACUAUAUCUUUCGCACCUUAACCUAUUAUAUUUUCUAUACGUACUAUACCUUACCUUGUUGGCGUCACGAACCGCGGCAUUUGGAGUUUAUACUUAUUAUAUAUUAUUAUAAAGGGAACGAAGGAGAAAAUUAAAUUUUGACCAGCAGUAGAGAAAAUGGGCAAAAUAAAACGUUUUCAAGCAAAAGAAAAGAAGAGUUUUGGGAAUAGUUUUGAAUAUUUUUGGAUGAAAAAAGUGAUUUGCAAAAAGUAUAAUUUAAAUAGGUUUUUCUAAUUUUCUCCUGAUUUUUUUGGGGGGGGCACUGACCAUUUGUCCUCAUGGUUAAGCCGCCACUGUUUAAUACUACAAUUUAGGGAGACGGAUAAUGAGUAAUUUAAAAAAUGUCUAAAAGUAAAUGAUUUGACAACCUGUAUUUACACAAUUUUCUAAUCAUUUUUUAAUAUCCUGAUGACUGUUAAAAUACUGAAAUAAAAUGGGGGCGAUACUGUUUGUAUAUAAUAAUGUAGAUAGUUACUAAACUAACGAGGAAGGAUAUCAUGUAAGACUGGGAAAUAUUGCAUUAGGACUUGUUGAUUUUGAUAUUAGUAUAAUUGAAAUUAUUUUAAGAUUAUAGAACCAAAAUAAAACAGCUUGUAAGACAUAAAUCGUACUUGCAAAGUUUUAUCAUUUGGUAUCUAUGAAAGACUAUGUUAAAUAUGCAGGGUAUCUGUUCAAAUGUAUAAAAAUAUGUUCAUAAAAUUAUUGUUUGAUUAAGUGUAUUUUAUAUGUAUAAAUAAUUUAUUAAACAAAUUUUACUCUUAAUUAAUAAUUAACAUAAAUAUAUAAAUAAAUAAGAUUCAUCAUGAAAAGGGUUACAGGGUGUAAACUCAGCUCAAAUAAUUUUUUAAAUUAAAACUUUUUAAUAAAGUGUGUUUAUAAGUGUUUUAUAUGUUUAGGUAAAUAUAACAAACUAUACAUUAGGAGUGUAAAAUUGGUUAUUGUUAUGUAAGGCAAAUUUUACUUUGUAAUACUUUUGCAUAAUUUGUAAAAGACUGAUUCGCAUUUCCUUGCAGAUUUCAUUUCUUUAAAAUGUUCGUUCAAGUAGGUAAAACUUUGUCAUCAAACAGUAACAGAGGUUAUUUACACUUAAAAUCUAUUCUUUUAUAUCUAACAUUUUAUAUUAAUAAAUUCAUUAAAAAUAAAAUUAAAUGUCUGCACAAUACUGUUAUAAAAUUCCUAAAAAUCGAAAUGUUUGAUAUAUUCUAAUAAUUCACUAGAAGAUAUAGCUCAAUUUUUAAAAUAAGAUAAUAAAUUCAAGAUUUAAUAUUAACAUACAAUAAGAUAUUUUAAAUUAAUUAAAAAUAAGUUUAGUAAAUAUUUUUAUCUACAACCGUUUAGUUAUAACGUUUUUACAUCACAAUUUUUUAUAGUAUUUCAGUUACGUUAUGAGAUUCAUAACACAACUCGUGGUGUUAUGGAUCUAUAACACAACUAAUUUUUAUAAUAAUGAAACAACUACGAACAUCUAAAUAUAUUAAUUUUUUGAUACAAAUUCCUACUACUAAUUAUUAUAAAUAUUAAUAACACAUUUUUUACACUUCUUUAAAACAUUCCUUCCUCUAAUGAUGAUGACAAUGAUAAUAGUAAAGGUCUAACUGAAAGGUCGAAGGUCUGUCUGUCACAAUUAUAAUUAAAAAAAUGUAACAAAUUUCAUAGUUAAAGGUGGGCGACUAAUAAACGAAAAUUAAAACAGCAUUUUCUUAUUUUUCGGUUGUAGAUAAAACCACCGAAUAAUAAUAUAAUAUUAACGUUGUACAUGACACGUGCGUUUAAACAUGAUUACAACACUCGUGUGAUUAGAACGACUCGGUCUACGACCUCGUCGUUCUAAUCGUUCACACUCGUUAUAAUAAUGUUCAUAAACACACUUGUACUGUAAAUAACGAUUAUACAGUGUCAUUCAUAAAAUCCGCAUUAAAUUAGAACCAUUUUUGUUAGUUGUUUGACUUGAUUUUUACUAUUAUUAAAAGGGCAUAUGUACCUACAGUAUAUUAUUAUGUACCUACACCCCGGAUUGUUUUUACAAGAGGAAAAACUUUUUUGUUAUUGACAUUUAAAGGAAAAUACAUUCUUCAUAAAAGAUGCUGCUUGUUCUAAAAUGAUUAAUCCUGUUGUAUAUGUUUUGACAAUCAUGCAAACUAGCUAUAAAAUAUCUCUACCUCUAGAUACCUUUUAGAGGUAUCUAGAGGUAGAGAUAUUUUAUAGCUAGUAUAUUUAAAGUAUUCUCAAAAAAAGAAAAUUUAAGAUGUUGAACUACUUUUUUAACAGACCUUAAAAUUAAAUGUAAUUAAAAUUGAUACAUUCACAGCUUACAUGAUAAUAAACUAUUAUUACUGCACCUAUAAGUUGAAUGAAUGAAAAAAAAUGAAUAAAAAAAAAUAAAAAAAUGUAUGGCCUGUAAAAAAAUGGCUCUUUUGCACGAAUAUUAUGGUUGACACCGUAUAUCACGAAUGUAAAUAUUGUAUAUAAAUAAAAAUGCCACAACUUUUCACCCCACGUUAACUAAGAUUUCUUAAGCUGUAUGUAAACUACAAAACAUAUCUCUGAUAAAGUCAAAAAGAAUUAUUUUGUUAAAUAAUUUUCUUCAAAUAAACGAACUGGUGCAUUUUUAGUAAAUUGGUCCAAGAAACUGCAUAAUCUCAAAUAAACCUAUAGUAUAAUUUUUGUACUUCAAUUUAUUAUAUUGUUAUAAAACUAAACAGGGUUAAGUACUAACUAAUAUGUAUUAAAAUAUUUUUAUAUUAUUAUUUAUAGUAUAGUAAAUAUGUGAGAAUAAUUAUUGUAUAUACUAAUUAGGUAGCUAUAUUUUUAUAUAAUUAUUUAUACAACUCUAUACAACUAAUUCUCUAGUUGCCAUUUUACAGAGAGAGAUUAUAUAAUAUAUUUUAUUUUUAUUUUAAAGACCCCUCUUUAAAAUAAAAUAUACAGGAUGGCGCCUCUCAUAUUACUCGGACUCUCCUAGAAAAUUAUUGUAUGGACCUCUGUAUGUAUUUAUCAUUUGGACCACUAUAAGGAGGCCGCAAAACUAUAUUAGUUAGCUUCAUUAUUUUAGAAUCAAAAUGAAGUCCAGUUUUAUAAAAGAGGUUUGUUCUUCAUUUUUGGAAAUACCGACAAAAAUUUCUUUUAUGAAUCUGGUCUUAAGCUUAUUUUUCUUCGUAGAAUUAACUAAUAUAUAAGGUAUACCGUUAAAAAAGAAAGAAGCAUAAUUCUUUUUGGACACCCUUAUCAAAGCUUGAAAAUAAUUUGAAACAUAGUCUACACAAAACUACGUCUGCUCCAAAUUUAGUUACAAUGAAAUUUGUCGUUUUUCCGAGAGGCCGCGUCGUAUGAAAACGUCACCCUGUAUAUAGUCUAUAAAAUGAAUAACUUUGAAUUUUGACCGUUAUUUUUUACCAAAAUGGCAA